AUGGGAAGUCCCUCGAGACAUGUAUCGGCAUCCCCAAGUAUAUCUCAAAUUCGAGUAGACCCCGUCAGACCACCAUGUGAUAGUCGGCUUCCAACAUGGGACACGAUCCAGAGUGUUGCCGAAACAUAUCUACUCUACUGUGACUGUCAACCGCUACCACUAUUUCAUCGACAGUCAUUCAUUCGGUCAUUACGCACUCGAGAUCCGGAACUUCUCUUUGCGGUUUUAGCUCUGGCUUCCAGAUUUUCCGACGGUACAAUUCGGGCCAGCCAGAUAGAACUUGUAGACGGAUACGUGGAAGCUUCAAGAACUAUUAUUUCUAAGAGAGUAUUUGAUGGAGACGUUGAGCUUUCAACCAUUCAAUCACUUUGCCUUCUGGCACUAGUGGACUUCACAGAUGGAAAGAAACGUCGUGCUAGUGUGCAUAGUAGCUUGGCCAUGAGCCUGGCUCAUAACGCUGGUUUGACCGGCGAAACUUACGCGCCAGUAUCAAGAUCACAGAAGGAAGAAAGGAGGAGAUGUUUUUGGAGUCUCUUUCUUCUCAAAAGGCUUCAUGGUGCUGAUUUUAUGGUGCUUGAUUUCGCUACUGACGAAAACUUUCCACGGUACCCAGAAACAACCGGUAAAGUAAUUAACCAUGAAGCGACAGGAAAUCAGAGCUUUAGCGCCAGUCCAGAGCCUUCAGUGGACCAGGGAAUCGUGGCAUACGCAAUACAGAUGAGCGAAAUCUGGUUCAAAGUUACUCGAUAUGCUUGGAGAAGAAGCAUCCCCAACGAGCUUCCUCCGUGGUCUCCACAGUCAGAAUACUCGACUAUCCUAGGUCAACAGAUGGAUGCUGAAACUCGGAUGCCGUUUACCCAUCGAUUCGCCCCUUCGAAAUUCUCUCAACGAUCAAUCGACGAGUUAAAUGGUACCAGAGAUUACUGGGGACCAUGGCUUUUGAUUCAAUUUCUCUAUCACACCAAUUUGUGUCUUUUGAAUCACCCUCUCUUGAUAUCCUUGCGCCUACGAAACUUCAAAGGGGUCAUUCCUGAAAUCUUUCUCCAACAUACUUCUGAUUUAAUAUCAACACAUGCAUCGUGGAUUAUCAAUUUCAUCGAUAUGUUGGAUUCGAAACAAUUCAUAGUUACCGAUCCAUUUCUGGCACAUUGCGUAGCUAUUAUUGCUACGAUAUACUUGCAGGAAAGUUUCGUGGAAGAUAUGACCAAGAGAAGAGAGAAGCAGGAACAUUUUGAAAAAUGUCUGAAGUUUAUUAGAGGGUUUGGAAGUUACUGGCCUCAUGUCGGGCGAAUAGCAGAUAAACUUCACAAGCUCAGCGAAACAGUAUCAUCAACUCAAGUUGCGAGUGAUGAGCCAAUUCGGCAAAAUCGCAAACUGUUAAUUGACCUUGGUCAAUUCUUCGAGAUUCUGGAAUACUCAUCCUCCAGUGAAAUCGCCGGCUCAGCUAGAAACAUGUUUGGACCGUCACUUUCUUCAACGAUCCCAGCUUCGCGAACAGAGAUGGCCCAGACCACGAUUCUGCCGGAACCGACCCGUGUUGAAAGACAAGAAUUUGGCACACCCAGUGCAAGCAACACGCCAACGACUGCUGUACCAGACCACAGUGCAUAUAUGAAUUUUGCGAUGACACCCGUAGUGACAAAUACUGGCGCAUUCCAAUUUUCCGACGACGAACUGGCUGUUCUUGCGGAAAAUUUCUUUCAACAAAGAACAGAUGAUGGAAAUGCGAAUUGGUGGAAUAUGGGAAAUUUAUGA